AUGACCUACAGUGAACAACUUCAUGCCAGCCACUCACCCCAGCCAGCCACCCACCCCAGCCCUCCACCCACCCCAGCCAGCCACCCACCCCAGCCCUCCACUCACCCCAGCCAGCCACCCACCCCAGCCACUCACCCCAACCCUCCACUCACCCCAGCCCUCCACUCACCCCAGCCAGCCACUCACCCCAGCCAGCCACCCACCCCAGCCCUCCACCCACCCCAGCCCUCCACUCACCCCAGCCCUCCACCCACCCCAGCCAGCCACCCACCCCAGCCCUCCACUCACCCCAGCCAGCCACCCACCCCAGCCCUCCACUCACCCCAGCCCUCCACUCACCCCAGCCAGCCACUCACCCCAGCCCACCAGCCCACCCACACCAGCCCUCCACCCACCCCAGCCCUCCACUCACCCCAGCCCUCCACUCACCCCAGCCCUCCACCCACCCCAGCCCUCCACUCACCCCAGCCCUCCACUCACCCCAUCCCUCCACUCACCCCAGCCCUCCACUCACCCCAGCCAGCCACUCACCCCAGCCCUCCACCCACCCCAGCCCUCCACUCACCCCAGCCCUCCACCCACCCCAGCCCUCCACCCACCCCAGCCCUCCACCCACCCCAGCCAGCCAGCCACUCACCCCAGCCCUCCACCCACCCCAGCCCUCCACCCACCCCAGCCCUCCACUCACCCCAGCCCUCCACUCACCCCAACCAGCCACUCACCCCAGCCCUCCACUCACCCCAGCCAGCCACCCACCCCAGCCCUCCACCCACCCCAGCCAGCCACUCACCCCAGCCAGCCACCCACCCCAGCCCUCCACUCACCCCAGCCCUCCACCCACCCCAGCCCUCCACUCACCCCAGCCAGCCACUCACCCCAGCCAGCCACCCACCCCAGCCCUCCACUCACCUCAGCCCUCCACUCACCCCAGCCAGCCACUCACCCCAGCCAGCCACUCACCCCAGCCCUCCACUCACCCUAGCCCUCCACUCACCCCAGCCCUCCACCCACCCCAGCCCUCCACUCACCCCAGCCCUCCACUCACCCCAGCCAGCCACUCACCCCAGCCCUCCACUCACCCCAGCCAGCCACCCACCCCAGCCCUCCACUCACCCCAGCCCUCCACUCACCCCAGCCAGCCACUCACCCCAGCCCUCCACUCACCCCAGCCCUCCACUCACCCCAGCCCUCCACCCACCCCAGCCCUCCACUCACCCCAGCCCUCCACUCACCCCAGCCCUCCACCCACCCCAGCCCUCCACCCACCCAGGCCCUCCACCCACCCCAGCCCUCCACUUACCCCAGCCCUCCACCCACCCCAGCCCUCCACUCACCCCAGCCAGCCACCCACCCCAGCCAGCCACCCACCCCAGCCAGCCACCCACCCCAGCCCUCCACUCACCCCAUCCCUCCACUCACCCCAGCCAGCCACUCACCCCAGCCAGCCACUCACCCCAGCCAGCCAGGCAACCAGCCAACCAGACCAGGGAGUCAUAUUAA